CCAAAUAAUGCGAAUGAUAGCGAAACCAUAAUACCGAAUCAUCCAAUUUUUUUUCUUGUCACUGAAAAUAUCAAUGACCCUAUUGCAUUUUAGCCCCAUUAUCACGUCCUGUAAAGAAUACGACGAGUUACCAGUAGUUCUGUGUAAAUAUUACACGGCACUGACUAUCCUAACCAGUUUGUACUAACGUUUGUUUGUUUUAGCGUGGUUGGCCUUAAUUUCGACUUCAUAAUUCUUAACUUAGUAGGAUUCACGCUUUAUGGCUUAUUCAAUUUGGGGCUGUAUCUAAUACCUGAAAUACAGCAUGCCCCUUUCAGCUAG